AUGAGGAGACUCCGGGCGCUCCGAGGUCUCUUCACUUGUGGAGGUUGCUGGUCCCGGCCUCCCGUUCGGGAGGAUGGAGGCAGGGCGGCAGAGUCCGUCCCUGCAGCCGUCCCCACCUUUGCUGAGCGAGUGGCUUCUCUGUCAAACCGCCUGCAAGAUGAGGAGGGUGACAGAGCGGACACCUACAGAGAGCUGGAGAGAGUCCUGCAGGGCGAUGACGGCCGCGUGCAGAGUGCUGUCCUGGCCAGAGUGAUCGCAGCAGCCUCGAGGGACAUGAGAGCGGCGCAGGGUGUGACGGAGGAUGUGCAGAUGGCCGCCAGCGACGUCCUGGUGGCUCUGGCCCGCUCCCACUUCGACAGCGUCAUGUACGAGCUGCAGUGCCGCCUGAGGGCCCUGGGAGAGAUCUCCGAGGACCUCGUGUUCAUCACCUUGGGCAAGCUGGCCAGCAGCUACGCCCUGCGGUGCGUCCCCUUCGUGGGCAUGACGCUCUUCGCCCUGCGCACGAUGCUGAGCCAGGUGGGGAGCAGCCGGACCCUGCGCGCCGUCUGCAGCGUCCUGGAGCAGUGGUCGAAGGCCGUGAACACCUACCUGGGCGCCUGGGAGCAAUGCAGCUUCCCGCGCAUGGGGCAGGCCCAGUUCUGCAGCAGCGUUUCCCCGGUCUUUUGCCACGUGGUGGGGAGCUGGCUGGGCUGCGAGGAGGAGGAGGCCAAGCAGGCCGUCCUGGGGGCGAUGGCUGCCAUGAUGGGCCUCCUUGUGCGCGAGGAAGAGCACCGCGAGCGCGUGUGGGAGCAGCUCCCCUGGCUCCUGGGCCAGUAUCAGCAGGUCCAGGACACUUUCCGGGUGACCAAGGCUCUGAGUUAUUUCCUGGAGAUUUUGGGGGAAGUGCAGAUCCCCAUCCCCCAGGACGAGGUCCAGGCCGUCGGCACCGCUGUGCACCACCAGGUGGCGAGGGCAGUUCUGCGCUUCACCAAGGAGCUGCUCAGCUGCAGCGUCCAGAGCUGCUCGGCCUGGGAUCUGGUGGCCCACGUCUUCGCCACGUUCAGCCAGGCCUCCGGCAGAUUGGCGCAGGGAAAGCUGUCUCAAGCAGAAGCGCAGGAAGCAGCAGAUCUUCAAGCCCUGUGCUUGGACAUCCUGCGCUCCCUGGAUGUCUCCGUCCGGGGGAUGACCAAACUCCUGUGGCCGCGGCUCCUGCAGUACGUGGUGCCAGCCCAGUACACGGGCACAUUGGUGCCGCUCUGCCGGUGCCUGCGAGAGCUGGCCGAGAGCCGGGGGAGAGCAGGGGCCGAGGACGGAGAGGAGGAGCCCGAUGUCGUGGCCUCCCGGGAGCGAGCCAAGCUGCCAAGGCCGCAGGCCCUGCUGGCUCGCCUGCUGGUGGUUGCGGCGGCUCCUCACGCCGGCGGCGGCUGCGGCGUCGCUGCCCUGCGGCUGCUGCAGGCCCUGUCCGCAGAGAUCCACGGCGCCGUGGGGAUGGUGUGGGCCGUGAAGAUCCCCUUCCUGCUGCAGUGCCUGGAAGGGCAAAGCGAGAGCUGCCUGGACUCUGCCGAGUGGGAGCAGCUCCUGCUUAAGUUCCUGAGGACGUCUCUGGAGACGAUCGAGAGCCAGGCCUGGACCAUGGGCCUGAGCUUGGAGCUCAGCCAGCAGACGGGCAGCUACCCCCGGCUGUCCCGGAAGCAGGCCUUCCUGUAUAAAGCUGUCGGGGUGUCCCUGGCAGCGUGUCAGCAUGUCCCCUAUGUCCGCGGGGAAAUGAAGAAGUAUCUCUCAAGGACAAAUUACUUGGAGGCGUCUGAGAGAGAGGCAAUGAUUUCUGUUUUGGGCGGCUCUGCCGAGAGCCACUUCCACCUUGCCUUGGAGGUGGUGCAGGAGUUUGGGGCGUCCAUGGAGGAAAGACCAGUGUCUGGGGCUUUCAAACGCCUGAAGGAAUACCACCAGGGGAAGAGAGCGGGGAGGCACAUGGCCCUCGUGCUGGCCUACGGCCAGAUCGCGCUCUGCGCCCCCCCGGAGCAGCUCCUGGCCCGCGUGGAGAGCGACGUCGUGGGGCGCAUCCUGCAGCACUACCGCGCCAGCUGCCAGGUGCUGGGCUUCUCCUUCUCCACCAAGGUAAGUCCUGCCCCCCGGGGCCUUGCUCGCUGCCCUUCCCGCACCCCUUUCCCAUCGCAGGCGUGCCGGACUCGCCCUCCCGCUCCCCAGGCCGGGGGCCGGGGGUCUCCUUGCGGUAGGUAG